UUCUCCUUUCGAUGUUCACCUAAGAGAGCCGAGUCGGCUCUCUCGUGAACGACUCACGAGUAGACCCUUGUGUUUCGUUACCUUGGUCAUCGCUGGGUAAGUGAUUAAUAAUGGCGGAGGAAACAAGCGUUAUUAAAGUCAUUUGCGAUCAACUCGGAUGUGUGGAGUACGAGGAGCUUCUGCAGAUGGCAGAAGUGGAAGAUUUGGAAAAUGUCAUCAAGAACAGCGACGUUUUCACUGUUAUACAACCAAGAAACCAUCAAAACAAGAGCAAAAAAAUCCUAGUCACUACUAAUAUCAGGCGCUGCAGAGCAAGAGAGUGUCAGGAGAGCUGUGCUGAUCUGCAUCUUUGUAAAUUUGACCUUGUGGGACAAUGCAACGCACAAAGGUGUAAAUACGGCCACAGUCUGGAGACGGAGCACAAUUCCAGAGUCUUACGUAAGCACAGCUUACAUGAUUUGAGCAAAGAUCAACUGCGUGUGCUGUUGCUACUGAACGACAGCUCCCUGUUGCCCAACGUCUGUGUCUCAUACAACAAAGGCAAUGGUGAGUUUGGGAACUGUCCGGAUAAGGAGGCCUGUGAUCGGCUCCACGUCUGUGAGAAGUACAUCAGAGGACUGUGUGACGGCAGCGUUGAGUGCAACAGAUGUCAUGAUUUCUUUGAGCCUCAUCCAACAAAAGCAUUCCAGGCCAAAGGAGUAGCCAGUCAUCUGAUAAAAUCUCUUUUGCUGAUCUAUCGCAGUAUUCUGAUACUAAAGGACCACAGAUAUGCUCGGGAUAAACCUGCUGUCAGAAGCAAGGAGAACCCUCAAUCCAGCAACAGAGCCGGUGUAUCCCAGUCCUUACAGCGCAACGCAGUAAAUGAGAUUUGCCUGUCGUUUAUCAGAGGAAGCUGCAAAUAUGGAGAUAAAUGCUGGAGAGUCCAUUUUGGCGUUCCCUAUAAGUGGGAGGUGGAGGUAGAUGAGGGUUGGAUAGACUUACCUGACAAUGAAGUGAUAGAAAGAGACUACUGCGAUCCAGCCAAGAUCCACAGUGUGGGCAGUGAGCCUGUGUGCUUUGACACAAUGAUGCACGGGCUUCACAGGGUGCGGCGUCUCUCUACAGUGUCUUCAGUGAUUGAACCCAGCUUCAGCCACACUACAAAGUGGGUCUGGUACUGGGAGAAUGAAUAUAAUAAGUGGAUCCCGUAUGGAUCAAUUAAGGAGAUGCAUAGGCUGUCCUGCAUCAACAGUGAGGCUCUAGAGAAAAAAUACCUCCAGUUCCUGGAGAACAAAAGCCACGAUGUGUUGAAAUUUUCUGCUGGUAAACAGUUUUAUGAGCUGAAUUUCAGAGAUAUGAAGCAGAGGAAUGAAAUGAGUCGCACAGAGAGAACAGUUAGACGCCGGCCGUCGUUUGUUUCUCUCUUCGACGUCCGGACUGCUAGAACCAGAAGAGGUCCAAACACCUACACUCAUACAGGUGUCCCAGGUUUUUGGGAUAAAACUGCAAUUCCUGAAUCUGGAUUUCAGCGAGUCUUACUUGACGCGUCUCACAAGGACUACGUCAGGGUACAGGAACAUUUCAAAAGGACUAUGAAGGACUUUAGCAUCCUGCGCAUCGAACGAGUCCAGAACAAGGAAUUAUGGGUGGAUUUUCAGACGAAAAGAGAGCGAAUGAAAAAAGCAAACAGCCACAAGAAAUACGGCGAGGGAGAGCGAUUGUUGUUCCAUGGCACCAACGCCAACAAUGUUGACGCUAUAUGUCUCCAGAACUUUGACAUGAGGGUAUCUGGAGCCAAUGGAACAGUGUACGGGCAAGGAAGUUACUUUGCCAGGGAUGCAAAGUAUUCCAAUGAUUACGCAGAUCGUUACGGUGAAAGAUCCAUGUUCGCAUGCAGAGUGUUGGUUGGACAGUACACGAAAGGAGCAUCCCAUUACCGCAGGCCUCCAGCCAGAGAUACAGCAGGAAAUCUUUAUGACAGUUGUGUAAAUGACGUACGCGAGCCCACCAUUUAUGUAGUGUUUGACCGGCCCCAGGUUUACCCAGAAUUUCUCAUAACAUAUGAGAAGACCAGGUUUCCUGAAGAGUUCAACAUUAUUCAGUCUAAUUGCACAGCAAACGUCAGCAAGUGUAAUUCUGUUUUCGAUGAUGUGAGCCAAACAGCGAGUGGGAUGAACACAAGCUCACCUCACAAGGGAAACAAUAUCACCUUCGGUUCAACUUGUACAGGAGAGACAUUAGCCGCCGCGAGCAUUCCCAUAACGGGAAACUCUGUUUUUUCUGCUUUGGGUUCGCCAGUGAAACCAGAGAAAGAUGUCUCUUUGGACACUCAGACAGAUGAUACAAAUAGCCUAAAUGUAGCUCAGAAAAGUGGGCUGUGUGUUCGUUCAAAGACGACUCAGGGUUUAACUUCACUCAGCAGGUUGCUAAAAGAGUCAGAUCAGGCCUUAUGUACAUCUGUUAAAAUUCCAGUUUUCUCCGGUUCAGAUCAUCUUCUAAUCGCUGUUGAACCUAGCUUAACAGAUAACAGUAUUCAGUCUGGGAUCGCCAAAAACCCACAAGAGUCUUCGACAGUUUGCGCCUCUGACUUAUCCACUGAAAGAAUGUCUCAGAGAUCACGGCAAGAGUCACAAAAUGCUGCACGUCUCAGAAGCCUAGAGUUCGCUAAAUCAAUGACUGACACUUUGGAUCCAUUUUCACCUUCUUCAGACAAGGCCAAGAUCCCUGAUGCUUCUUCAACCUCCUCCGUCUCCAUCUCAGAGAUGGAGAGCAAAACCUCAAUGCCAUACAACACCAGUUGCUCUUCAGCUCAUAAUAAGUCUCCCUCUGAUGGUUCCUUGUCAGGAUCCUUAGCUUCCUUUUAUGAAACUCGCUCUUGUGAAAAUACCAGCCAAAGGUUUAAUGCCUUUGAUGAUGUAUUUAAUGUGAGUCAACCAGCAGGUGUGAUUAGCACAAGUUCACCUCGAGAGGCAUACAUCACUUCUGCCUCAACUAGUACAGGAGAGGAAUUCCUCACUUCAAAGCCAGCUCAGGGUUCAACGUCACUGAGCUACACUGGCUUGUCAAGAAAGUCACCCCAGGAUUUGCUUGCAUCUGUGAAAAUCCCAGUUUCCUCCCGUUCAGAUAAGCUGCUGAUCUCGGGUAAGUCUAGCUUAACCUAUAAAAGUAUACACUGUAAGCUUAGCCCAAACCCAGACUUGGUCACUACACAAAAAUCUCAGAGCUCACAGCAAGAUUCACAAACACCUGCAGCCCGUAGCACUAUACCAAGUUCUACAGCCACGCUUCGAAAUCUAAGCUCUGAUGCCUCUUCUUCCAGCAGUCAUUCAGAAAAGGAAAGCAAAAUAUCAGUGAAGUACCAAACCAGUUCCUCUCCAGCUGAUAAGCAGUCUCACUCUCAUGGCUCCUUGUCAAGUUCUUCAGUUUCCUUUUAUGAAAUGCAGCCUUCUCCUUUCUCCAGCAAACCAACUCCUCCGAAAGCCCCUAAACAAGCACCACAGCAGAAGAACAUCUUACAAGCUCAACGUGCGCAGAAACCUUGUGUGGUGCAGUGAUUUUAAUUUAAUCGUUUACUUUAAAAUGUGAUUGGGGUCAUUAUAUCUUAAGCUGUAUUUAAUACUGAGUGAAUAGUUAAACUGUAAUAUUUGAUUGAAGUAAUAAUUUGUUUGUAUACAUACAUUGAUUUCAGGUUACGCAGUUCAUCUUAAUCUCCUAUAAUUUGUUGCUGCGUACGUCUUACAAAUGCAACGUAUCGUAUGAAGAAAUGAACAGCCUCUUAUCUAAGAUCUUCUGAACGGUUGAAGGGUCUGUUCUUGUCUCUGAAGUCUGAAGUUUUAACCAUUAAACAGGCUUUUACGCCUUAUGUCUGAAAAGACUGAAUUAUAAUUGGAUUGCAUCUGCAUAUGGGACACCGCUCAUGGGCAGUUGAAUGAAAUUCUCCCAGGAUCUCCCGGAGAAAAUGGAAGGGAAAAAAAUUGGUUGCUUUUGCUGUAAUGUAUUAAUGAUAACGUAAAUAGAAUUUGAAUCAAAUAGAAUCUCGAUUUAAAUAUUGCAUAGAGAAAACUAUCUGUACUGGUAUCCUUUAUAUAUUAUAGUAGAUUGAGUCUUCUGACAAAUUUAGCUUAACCUGUGUAAUCUACACAGUCCAUCACACAAGGGCAUGAAUCCAGUUCUGGUACUGACAUGUCCCACCAGGCUUAGGCACUGUAAACCCCAAGAAGUACAUCUAAGGACAGUGACACCGUUCCACACUGAAUACUGUUAACUCUGGGAAAUAGUUAUGGGCUAUUACAAAGUUGAAGCACAAGCAGUAAAAUUCCAUACCCAGUAAAAUUCCUAACCCUAACCCUAGUGUAAACAGGGCCUAUGUGUGUGGGAGCAUGUCCUUAUCAAUACAAACACAGCUGCCACAGCUGGUCUAACGGUUUUCCAAAACUGUUAGUGUAAUUUAUUCGACCUACAUACAGCCUUUAAAAAGGAACAGAAUGAAUUUUUUAAAUUAUUAUUUUUUUCUAAACAGUUUAGGAAUGUUAUGUUCAUGGGCUAGCUAAGCGGUGCGUGAAGCAUGGCCACCCCACUAGGAUGUUAUUAUUACCAUUAUUAUUAUUAUUAGGGGGCCAGCACCAAAGGUCCAUAGGCACCCUAUUGUUAUUCUACCUUUUCUUCUUCUUCUUCUUCUUCUUUUUCUUCUUCUUCUUCUUCUUCUGGCUAGUGUGUCUAUGGCAGCCCAUAGAACUGUAUGAUAAAAAGUUGUAAAAUUUGGCACACUGAUUGGGAAGGGUUUAAUGAACAUUCCGACCAAAUUUGGGCCAAGUGCUCUAGCUCUAUCAUCAACGCUCUAGCUUUAUCAUCGGGUCCAAUUUGGGUCUAAUUUGGAAGUAUGUGUAUGGUCAUAACUUUUGAAUCGUUUGUCCAAAAGUUUAAAGCCAAGCAUCCCUGGAUUCCUUGGGUGGAGACAUGCUCAAUGCACCAUAUGAGGUCAAUUUCCACCUAAUUUACCUAGAUUUUCUGCCAUCUUAGUUUAUGUGAAAAAAAAAAAAAAAAAAAAUUGCUGCUA